AACGUCAAUGUCAGUCCAAGACUAAAAUACGAUGACAUAACUUAUUUCUUGCUGUUUUUACUCUGGUAAAAUUUCAAAAUUCUCCGAAAUAUUAUCCUAAUGUGCUGAUAACUUGAAAGUUCUGUGAUUUUUUUGUGUGUUUGUGUAAAUUUUUCGUGUGAAUUAUGGGUUUCGCUUACGGUUUGGUGGAAUGUGCAGCUUUGUCCUCUUUGAUUUUUGUGGAGAAACAGAAACAGACAGAUGUAUGGAGUUUCAUGGACGAAUUUACUAAUAUGUUUAAGAAUCGCAUGCGGUGGGCGACGUCAUUCAAAUUCAACUCACAAUCACAAUGUAAUACAGACCAAAUGAAAAUCGUUCCCGUUACGCCUCCUAUUCAACAUGGCGAGGGACCACACUGGGACAGCAAGAACGGCAUUUUGUAUUACGUAGACACGUUUCAAGCGACCGCCUACAGAUGGGAUUCGAAGACAAAAAAUGUGACCAGUCAAAAGUUUGAUGGCCGAAAUUCAAUUGGGACCAUAACCCCGAUUAUAGACAAAAACGAUCAGUUCAUUGUGUCAUCUGACAGGUGUAUUUAUCACCUGUUAUGGGACGGCAAGGAAUCCAAUACGGGGACUAUCAAGGAAUUGUUUAGCAUAGAAGAAGAUAAGCCGGAUAAUCAGUUCAACGAUGGCAAAGCCGAUGCAAACGGCGUACUUUGGAUAGGUACUUUAACUCGUCAGCCUGAUUAUGGAGUCACAGAUAAUGGAGGAAGCUUGUAUCAAGUUGCUCUAUGCGCCCACCCAGCGCACAAACAAUAUGCCGAAGUAAUGUGCGACACGAGUAUUAGCAAUGGAUUAUGUUGGACAAGGGAUAACAAGUUUAUGUUUUACAUUGACAGUUCCAAAAGGAAUAUUGAAAAGUACGAGUUCGAUCUUAAAACUGAAACUUUAGGCGAAAAGAAAGUUAUCUUUGAUCUUGAAAACUAUCCAGCAAUUGAGGGGAUUUUAGAUGGCAUGACCAUUGAUUCCGAAAAUAAUCUAUGGGUAGCUACUUUCGGAGGCUCGUCGAUAUUAAAAAUUCAUCCAUGUAGCGGCAAGCUUCUCAAAGUUGUCAAAAUGCCCGUCAAGUACAUAACCUCUGUUGCUUUCGGCGGCAAAAACUAUAACGUUUUAUAUGCCACCACAUCCAGAUUCCAUAUGAGUGAAGAUGAAGUCUGCCAAUCGAAAAGUUCCGGGGCAGUUUUUGCCAUCACCGGACUGAAGGUUGAAGGUGUUCCUAUGUUUAACGUAGAUUAUAGUGCACCCGAUGAAAAACUCUCGUUUGGAGAAAGUGGCGGUGAUAAAAAACAGUGUUUGGGUUAAUAAAGUAUUUUGUGUGCGUCUCA